AUGGGGAGCGCCCAGCGGGGUGGCGGCCAGGCAGGAAAGGAAGGUGAUGCCAGGCGGUGCUUUCUCGACGUUUCUCACAGGCGCAGAGACCACCGUGCAGUCACCUCAACCAGCCGUCCUCCGCUGUCCACCGCCGCGCACUCGCCACGCGCCCGGCUCCGCGCCUUCUCUGCCUCAUCCACGCCUGGACUUAUCGCUCCUACACUUUGCCUACUCCCACACAGACUCUCAGCGGCGUGUGGCGGGCGGAGUGACACAUACGUACACGUCAGUCACUCUUUGGAGAUCAUCACCAUGUCUGAGGACGGGUACCUGAGUUUCCUGACGGACUUUAUUCCCGUCGGACCACAGACCUACCUCCAUCACAAACUGCACUCAGACAUCGCCGCAGCUUCGGUCGCCAAGGACAACAUCACUGAUUAUAAAGCCUUGGAUGCGGACGAAAUCAGCGCUGUCCCUACCUAUACCCUCCAGGGACUGUGGUGGGUGCUGUGGCUGGUGUGCCUGGAGUAUGUGGUGCUGUGGUGGCAGAGGGCGCCUCUCCCCUGCUUGCACGACAAUGUGAUGUCCAUGGUGCACGGUGUACUAUAUGAAAUCACCAAGGUAUUGGUGCGUGGGACGGAGUACGGGGCCUACAUGUGGUUAUGGCAGAACUACGCCUUCCUGCCACCCAUGGGUGACUCAUUCCUGGCGGUGGUGGCCCUUGUGGUGCUGGUGGACCUCGGCUACUACUGGUUCCAUCGCGCUAGUCAUGAGAUCAUGUUACUGUGGGCCAUUCACCAAGUGCACCACAGCAGCCAGGAUCUCACCGUGUCUGUGGGCAUGAGACACUCCCCGCUGCAGCGCUCUUUCGCUUGGGUAUUCUACCUGCCGCUGGCCUUACUCGGGGUGCCACCUUCCCUCAUGCUGGCCCACGCUCAAUUCAACCUCCUCUUCCAGUGUUGGUUGCAUACAGAGGCCGUGCCGUCCCUGGGCCCUCUGGAAUAUGUAUUCAAUACGCCGAAUCACCACCGCGUCCACCAUGGAUCCAACAAGUACUGCCUGGACAAGAAUUACGGGGGUGUGUUUAUCUUCUGGGACCACUUGUUCGGCACCUUCGAGGCCCCUGACAAAGAACAGAAGAUUGUCUACGGCAUUUUAAUUCAGCCUGAGUUCUUCAACCCUAUUUCGCAUCAGUUCCACUACUUUAGAAAUGUAGUGAGAAAGAUGAGGAGCAUGGACUCUUGGCGCAACUCCUUCGUGUCUUUGAUCAAGGGACCCAGCUGGCUGCCUGGCGCCCCCUGGACAGGCUGGGACAAGGACAAACUAGAUGUCACCUACCCUCGUGAGUACAUGAAGGCUACUGCCACUCCCACCACUCACACCUACGUCAUCUUGCACUUCCUAGCCACCCUCAUGCUCACCUGCCGCCUCGCCCCCCAUGCCGGCGAUCAUCAGGCUGCUGUUCUGCUGUACAGUGGCAGUGUGGUGGCGGCGCUGACUUCUGCAGGGAUGUUGUACAACCAAACCUGGUACACGCCGGCGCUGGAGGCUGCACGCUGUGUUGGCGGCCUGGUGCUGUGCCUGCUGGUGACGCCUCCCGCAGCGGCAGCCUCACUUCUACCACUCCUCACUGUGCUGUACGUCCUCUCCCUCCUGAUUUGGGUUUUCAAGCCUUCCUUUGUUCUGUGUAACAGAGCAGCGCCUGCGACGCCACAGCUUGCGAACGCACAGCAACAGAAGAAACAUUUCGAAUAGUGUGUGUGUAAUUCAUCACGUUCAUCUGCUGGUCACCCAGCCAGUCUUCCCCAUUACGGAGCGAGCUCAGAACUCAUAGACCGAUCUUCGGGUAGGAC